AUGAUCCAAGUUCGAGAGUAUCUUUGUAAAGUAUCUGAUGGAAAGGAAAAUGAAACCCCUAUCUAUAGGCAUCCCUAAUCUAAGGUAUUUUAAACUAAAUAUUACAGGAUGGCUUCCCUUAAUCUAAAACUACCUUAUAGCAAGAAUUCAUUGAGAAACUAUAGAGAUUUCCAGAUAAGAAGACUCUUGGCUUAUACAAUGAGGAAUCAUAAUAAUAUGACUACAUUACAUAUAAGGUUUACUUUUUAAAAAUAAGUAGGAAAUAUUCGAAACAGCUACUGCAAUCGGCUCUGAAUUAUGUUCAAGAAACUCCAUAAUUGAAGUAAAAGAUGAGCAGGGGCUUGUUAUUAAGCCUGUUGGAAUUUAUAUGUCCAACAGAAGGGAAUGGACCAUUUUGGAUAUUGCUUGCAUCCUUUAUGGAUUUACAUCCUGUCCAUUUUAUGAUACCUUAGGAUAUAAUAGUAUAAAAUAUUCUUUGGAGCAGACUUAAGUGAGGUAUGCAAAUAAAUAUGAAAUUAGCAUCUGUUUUGUUUAAUCAAGUACUAUAAAAGUCCUAGCAGAUGUGAAUCAACCCCAUCUAAAAACCAUUGUUAUUGUUGGUGAUGGUUUCCAAGAAGAAGAUUUGGAUAAGCUAAGAGCACAAGGGAAGGAGAUUGUAACAUGGAAUUAGAUUUUGGAAAAAGGCAAAACUGCAAUCGUUCCAUAUCCCAACUUAUAGCCGGAUAUUUCUAUGACUCUAGUUUUUACAAGUGGAACCACUGGACCAUCCAAAGCAACUCUUUAAACUUAGCAUAAUUUUUAACAAAUGUUGCACAUUUUAGACUAUCCUCCCCAUUAGAGGUUUACUGAAAAUGAUGUUUAUUUGUCAUACUUGCCACUACCCCACGUAUUUGAAAGAGUUCUUCAUUUGGGAGCAUUAUUAGGAUCUGCAGAAAUAAACUACUUUAGCGGAAACAUAUAAAAUCUAGCCAGAGACAUUUAAAGGUGCAAACCAACUUACUUCGGCGGAGUGCCAAGAGUUUUCAAUAGAUUUUAUGAUGGCAUUUUAAAUGUAGUUAAUUCAUUACCUGAAGAAGUAAAAGUCAAAUUUGACCAGGCUUUUUAAAUGAAAUUAAAGUAUUUUUAGCAAACUGGAAAACCAGAUCAUGAAUAAUUAGAUGCUGCAUUUGUAAAAACAAAAGCUGUCUUUGGUGGAAGACUAAGAAUGAUUCUCACAGGAGCUGCCCCUAUAUCAACUAAAGUAUUAAACUUCUUAAAAAUGACAUUGUGUUGUUAAAUUGUAGAAGUGUAUGGCUAAACAGAAACAAUGGGAGGAUCCUUUGCAACGGAUUACUUUGAUCCUAAUUGUGGUCACGUAGGUGGUCCCACAAUUUCUUAAGAAUUCAAAUUGGUUAGCAUACCAGAUAUUGGUUAUGUCACAGAUAAAAGUGUUGAUGGUUUAAUUAGAGGUGAGAUCUGCAUAAGGGGACCAAGCAUCAGCAAAGGAUAUUUUAAAGAUCCAGAACAAACUAAAGAGUUAAUUGAUAAUGAAGGAUGGGUGCACACAGGGGAUAUAGGUUAAAUAGUUGAUGGAACAUUAAGAAUUAUAGAUAGGAAAAAAAAUUUAUUUAAAUUAUCCUAAGGGGAAUAUGUAGCUCCAGAAAAAGUAGAAAAUUGUUAUCUGAGAUUGAAAGGCAUAUUGGAAAUCGUCAUUUUUGGGGAUUCAUUAUAAAACUAUUGUGUUGGGGUUGUUGUAGUUGAUCCAACAAUUCUAAAAUAGUUUGCAGAUUAAUUGAAAAUUGAAGGUGAUUAUCCUACCUUAUGUGCCAAUAAAGAAAUAAAGAAUUACGUUCUGUCUUAAUUAAAUGAAUAGGUAAAAGAAUACGUUAUUUUAGGGAUCAAAGGAAUAAUUGAAUGGGUAUGAACAAGUAAAAAAUAUAUAUCUUGAAGCAAAACCCUUUUAAUAAGUAGGAAUAUUGACAGAUACCUUGAAAAUGCAAAGGCAUGUAGCAAAGAAACAUUAUCAAGCAAUUAUUUAGCAAUUAUAUGAGGAAAUUAUAAAUUGA